UUAAAAAUAAAAUAAAUUUAUUAAAAAAUCUUAAAAUUUAGUUUAUUUGCAAAAUGUUUCUAAAAAAUUUACUGAAAUCUCGCUCAAGUUCCUAUAAUUUCCAAAAACGCUUUAUAAAAACUUUGUCCUUAAAGUUCAGCGGUAAUGGUGAGCCCACGCAGGUUUUGGAAAUGGUGGAGGAAGAAUUGCCCGAACCAGAGAAUAAUCAAGUUUUGGUAAGGGUAUUAAUGGCACCCAUCAAUCCCUCGGAUAUUAAUAUAAUACAAGGUAGAUAUCCCUUACAACCUGCCCAACUACCAGCCACUGCUGGCAAUGAAUUUGUAGGCGAAAUAGUACAAAUGGGUGAUAAGGUGGAAAAUUUUGCCAUAAAAGAACAGGUAGUGGCUUAUGAAUCAGGUUUGGGUACAUGGAGCCAAUAUUUACUACUGAACGCUGAACAAAUUUAUGCGGUGCCUUAUGAGUUACCUUUAACGGCAGCAGCCACUUUAACAAUCAAUCCCUGCACAGCCUAUCGCAUGUUGAAAGAUUUUGUCAAACUAAAACCGGGAGAUUGUAUAAUACAAAAUGGCGCCAAUAGUGCGGUGGGUCAAGCAGUUCAUCAAUUGUGUAAAUAUUGGGGUUUGAAAUCAGUGGGAGUGGUUAGAGAACGUCCUGAACUGGUAAAACUAAAACAAGAUUUAUUAAGAUUAGGGGCCACAGAAAUUUUCACCGAGGAGGAGCUAGUUAAGACUCAACUCUUCAAAAAUGGUUGCUUGCCUAAGCCACGUUUGGCCUUAAAUUGUGUGGGCGGUGAAAGUGCCAGCAAUAUAGCCAAACUUUUAGAUUAUCAGGGUAUAAUGGUAACCUAUGGUGGUAUGGCAAGAAAACCUAUUUCCGUGCCUAUAGGACCUUUAAUUUUUAAAAAACAUAUCUAUCAAGGAUUUUGGAUUACCGAAUGGGUGAAGCGUAAUAAAUGUACUUGGGUAAGAUCUUAUAUGUUAAAGGAUAUAAUACAGUUAAUGUUGGGUAAAGAGUUUAUAGCACCUAAACACACCCUAAUACCUUUCCAACAAUAUAAGGCACAUGCCCAGCAAGCUUUAACACUGGCCAGUAAGACUAAUAGGAAAUUUAUAUUUGAUAUGAGGGAAAAUGAAUGUAAUUAGAUCAAAAAAAUAUAUCAAAUUCCCCGAAUUAAUUGCGUUUUAUUUAGAAAAAAUAAAUCAAAAAUUCAGUUAUUUAUUUUAUAAAAAAAUGUAUAAUUUAAGAAAGUUUAGCAAAAAUCCUUUGCAAUAAAAGAAAAUUAAAACAGUAUUUCAAGAAUGUUUGUUACAAAACCCUUUAGCCCAAAAAACCUUCCAAAGAUAAAUGAGUAUAAGAAGGUGUGCAAUAUAAGAAUAUAUAAAUUGAAAAUAAAAAUGUAAGUUCAGUAUAAAAAAAAAGAAAUAAACAAAAUUUGCC